AUGCGAGUUCCUCGGGAUAUGGCUAUUGCCUUUACCUUGGUGUUGAUUAUCAAUGCCGUGCACGCAGCUCUCAAUCUUGAUGGAAGGCAAGCCACGGAGCCAGUUGGUCAUGACGAUCCUUCACCCAUUGGUGAUAUCGACGCCCCUAAGAAGGGCCAUGAUCUCUUUGGUUCCAGCCUGGACACUGCUACCGCUUGUUUCUCCCAAGGUAAACCCACCAAGGGAAUCCUAAGCGUGGCUUCAACUAUGGAUAUCAAGGGAGCCGGAGAUGGGCGUCAGGCUGCUGAUCUCUCGCGUGUCAUGGGAAAUUACUUCCAAGAGAAGGACAACUGCGAUGAGAGUUUCAUUUUAGGAUAUCACCACAAGACUGCUGCCGGUAUCUACAUUGGAUCCGGCUUAGGCAAACAAACAGCCGAGUCCUCUCUGAAUGCUAUGGCCGAUCGCUUACAAUCGAACUCAUAG